UUGGAUUCUUAUCAGAGCUUAUUAAUGCGUAUCCAAGCUUGAUAUUGGAAAUGGAUAGCAGAGACCAAACUAUAAUUCACGUAGCAGUUACGAAUCUCCAUGCAAGCAUCUACAGUCUCAUUCAAGAGAUUGGAUCUCAAAAGGACAUCAUAGCAACUAUGACGGACACAGAAGGAAAUACUCUGUUGCAUUUGGCUGCAAAAAGAGCACCGGAAAGUCAACUUGAAUUGGUAUCUGGAGCAGCUCUCCAAAUGUGCCUUCAGUUAGUAUGGUUCAAGGAGGUCCAGAAAAUAAUGUCACCACUGAAAAACUCUGAAGAAAGAACUGCUAGUGAAUUGUUCAGAAGAGAGCACGCUGAGUUGAGAAACGAUGCGGAAUCUUGGAUGAAAAGCACAGCCCAAAAUUGUAUGCUGAUUUCAACUGUCAUUGCAACAGGGGUGUUUGCUGCUUCAAUAACCAUACCAGGCGGUCUCGAUGAUAAAUCAGGGAAACCAAACUACUUGAAAAAGCCACCAUUCUUGGUGUUUGCAAUCUCAGAUGCAGUUGCGUUUAUCUCAUCAACAGCUGCAAUAUUAAUAUUCUUGUCCAUUCUUGUUUCGCGUUAUGCUGAGUCUGAUUUCUACAAGUCACUGCCCUUGAAGCUCAUAUUUGGAUUAUUGGUGGCGUUGUUCUCCUCAAUAACAAGCAUGAUGGUAACAUUUGCAAGUGCCUUCUUUAUUACUUACUACUAUGACUCAAAUCGAGUCCCAAUUUUCAUUUCCGCAUUUGCCUUUUUGCCAAUACUUCUAUUCAUAGUUUUGCAAUUUUCAUUAUGGUGCGACAUAAUGUAUUCAACUUUUUAUUGUAAGAAUAUUUUUAAGCCAGACAAAAGUAUUCUUUAUGUACUAUUAGUGGAAAUGUAA